AUGGAGAAAUCGAAGCCCUUGGAUUUGUCACGGAUGUCGCACUCAGCGCUCAAAGACUGUGGUAAUCGGUUUCUCGCUGCUUCAGACAACACGCGAGCUAUUGAGUGCUAUACCCUUGCCAUUAAGAAGAACGGCUCUAUUUCUACCUAUUACUCCAACCGAGCGCUCUGUUAUCUGCAGAUGAAACUCUACGACCAGGCACUUGCUGAUUGUCGACGAGCUCUUGAGCUGGAUCCAAGCAAUCUGAAGGCUUUCUUUUUCGCGGGUCAAUGCCAUUUGGCUCUGGGUCAUUAUGACGAGGCUGUGGCAAAACUCACCACUGCGCACUCGCUGGCUUUGGAGAUACGCAAAAACUUCGGUGAUGACAUUACCGCGUCCAUUCGACUGGCCAAACGAAAGCGUUUUGAGCAGCUGGACGAAAAACGCCGCCAGGAGGAGAUCGAAUUCCAGGCUAGUUGUCCGAUUGUUUACCUAAGGAAACUGAUACUUGAGGAUGGUGAACGUCGACUGAAGGCCUUGCAAGACAUCAGUGAAAAGGAGGAGAACAAGGGUGUCAUGACGAAGUCGAAGAGAGUGGAGGAUAAUAUGGAAUCAUUUUCCCCUUCUGAAUCUGGACAAGAUACUCCGGACGGCGAUAGAGACAGCGCUAACGUGGACGUUCAAGUCUCUAUUCGACGUCCACCCCUAAAUGCUAGCCAAAUAGAGGCCGAAACAGCGGCUAGACUGCGUGAUUUAGAUGUCAUUUUCGCUCAGGUCGACGAGAGGCGAAUGAAGCGGGAGUUACCCGAUUACCUCUGUGGGCAGAUAAGUUUUGAGCUGAUGCAGGAUCCUGUGAUCACCCCCAGCGGCAUCACCUAUGACCGCCAUUCAAUAGAGGCACACCUGAGGCAGGUUGGCCACUUCGACCCCAUCACGCGGCAACCCCUGACACAAGACCAGCUCGUGCCCAACUUAGCAAUGAAGGAGGUCAUUUCAAAGUUCCUUGAAGAGAAUCCAUGGGCUGAUGGCUUCUAA